AUGUCCAAAAUCUUGCCUCUAAUCACUCUCUUUCAAUUAUCCACCCACAACAACAAAAAAAGCUGUUGGGUUUCUCUCUACCACAGAAAAAUAUACGAUGUCACCCAAUUUCUAGAUGAGCAUCCUGCUGGUUCGCAGCUUAUCCUCGAUUACGCUGGAAAAGAUGUAACCUCAAUCAUGUCUGAUAUCAUGUCUCAUGAGCACUCUGAAUCCUCUUACGAAAUCCUCGACGAAAACUAUCUAGUAGGCUAUUUGGCGACUCCAGAAGAACAAAAUCAACUACUUUCAAAUCCAAAUCAUCAUGUCGAAGUGAAACUAUCCGAUCCCAACCACCCUUCCUACAACUAUGUCUACGACUAUAGCACCUCCAACUGUAAUAGCGAUUUCGACUCAACUCAUUUCCAAGAACUACCAACCUACGACAAACUAUCCAUCCAAACCGACUACUCCUCUGACUACAAAAAACACAAGUUUCUCGACCUAAACAAACCUCUCUUGCUCCAAGUUCUCUAUGGCCACUUCAGCAAAGACUUUUAUCUCGACCAAGUCCACAGACCUCGUCACUAUGGUAAGGGUUCUGCCCCAUUGUUUGGCAACUUUCUAGAGCCUCUUUCUCUAACUCCCUGGUGGAUUGUGCCUACUCUCUGGCUUCCGGUCGAUUUCUAUAUACUCUCAAUUGCCCUCGCCAACCUACCUCUCUACUACUCUCUUUCCAUGUUCGCCCUAGGCUUGUUCAUCUGGACCCUCAUUGAAUACUGUAUGCACAGAUUUCUCUUCCAUCUCGACCACUAUCUCCCCAAUAACAGUCUCGCCUUCAUGAUCCACUUCCUUCUCCAUGGCGUUCACCACUUCUUACCCAUGGACAAGCAACGACUCGUCAUGCCCCCAACCCUAUUCGUUGCCCUCUGCUUCCCCUUCUACAAGCUAAUCUUUUCCAUUUUCCCCUACUACAUUGCCUGUGCAGCUUUCUCUGGUGGCUUUCUAGGCUACAUCAUCUACGAUGUCUGCCACUACUCUCUCCACCACGUUGGUCUUCCCAAAUACCUCCAGGAAUUGAAAAAGUACCAUUUAGAACACCACUACAAAAACUACGAACUUGGUUUUGGUGUCACAAGCAAAUUUUGGGACAAAAUCUUCAACACUGAACUCACCCCAAAUUCGGCUGUAGAAAAAAACAACUAA